CGGGCGAUAGUACUUCCGCAUCAUCUCUAUGGUGCCAGGAGUGUGUACCAGGAAGUGAAGUCAGUAAACACUAGCCGGCUGUCUCCGUGGCAGCCGGGGUCGGAGGAGGGAAGUGGAUCGUUUCGGACAGCUGUGAGAUCAGCAGCAAUGGCUAAAGACUCGCUAUCCGACGCUGGGUUGCACUUCGAUGAGCUCAACAAGCUCCGCAUCUUGGAUCCGGAUGUCUCUCAGCAAACCACAGAGCUGAAAGAGGAAUGCAGGGAAUUUGUAGAAAAAAUAGAUGAUUUUCAGAAAAUAGUAGGCGGUUUAAUAGAACUUGUGGACCAGCUGGCUAAAGAAACGGAGAAUGAAAAGAUGAAGGCCAUCGGCGCUCGUAAUCUGUUAAAAUCCAUCGCUAAGCAGCGAGAAGCACAGCAACAGCAGCUGCAGGCUUUGAUAGCUGAGAAGAAGAUGCAGCUAGAAAGGUAUCGAAUAGAAUAUGAGGCUCUAUGCAAAGUUGAAGCAGAGCAGAACGAGUUCAUAGACCAAUUCAUCCUGCAGAAGUAAUGUUUAGGACUUCUCAUGAUAUUCUCUACUGGACACAUAUUGGACACUGACUGUUUCUCCCAGACACUUGUGACAUCGCCAUUCCUCCCCUUACGGGGACAAAUUUAUUAAAAGGCCCUUCAGACUCCAUGACUGGGAACCUCUUGUAGGGACCAAUUUACAUUCAAUCAACUCUCCAUGGACAUUCAUCUCUGAAAAAUAGCAAAUAUGUUGCAGAAUUGAUUUUACACAAAGGCUCUUUUUUUUUUUUUUUUUACCAUGAAAGUGAGCACAUGGUAUUUCAUUCUCUACUUUGGAUCUUGUAGUAUUAGGGGAGCCCGACACGUGUGAUAACACACAAUGCACUCAUUUUAUAAAAUACUAAAAUAAUUGGAACCUGCCUAAGGCAGGAUUUAUACAGGUCACUAAUCCCCUUCCCAGACCUUGCAUUUGCCGACCAUCCAUUUCCUGUCCUAGGAAAAGAAAUCCCUAAAAUGGGGAGACCCAUCCCAUCACUGUGGACCCACUGGUAUCCUAAUGACCGCAGUGAUCGAAUGUGAAAACCUUUCUGGCAGUCGGGUAAUAUUCAGAUGCCUGUGAUCGGACUGUCACUGUCAGAUUGGGAGGCAAAUCAGGAUAUGUAAACCCGGCCUCCAUUUAUUAACAUGAAGCUUCAUUGUAGAUGAAGAGUAGAUGCCAAUAACUGUACGUUAUGUAUAGUACUGUAUGUGACAUUUCAUUGCCUUUAUGUACAUGCAUUUCAUACAGCAGACACACAGAAACAUUGGGGGUCAUUUAUUAAGACCAGCGUUUUAGACAAUCUAACGCCCCCCAGCCUCUACAUAACUUUGGCGCAUCCACCGCCAAUCUAAAUGUAAGACAGUUUCCUUGCUGACUUAAAUUCUGACUAUUUUCUAUACCUAAAGCAGGCGUAGAUAAUGAUGAAUGAGACGGGCCCCCCUUCCCCUCCCACAACAAGCCCCCUCUUUUAGACCUGGCGUGAGCGGGGA